AUGAAUGAUCUCUUCGAGGCAUUACGAAGCACGAAGCUAAUCAAAAACAGAGUACUCGUCUUCGUCCGAGUAUACGACUUUGCGAGCCGAGUAUGUGACGGUAUCUUCCCAAAAGCUGAGGAAUCGCUUAGGAGAAAAUGGGCCGCAAUAAAAAACGCUAAAAACAAUGGCCGAGAGCUGAAGAUUAAGCCACAACGUCCAACUAGUAACCCUGUUAGCUCGCAAGUGCUUCCCGUUAUUGAACUGGAGAAGAAGAGUGCAAAUAGCAGCUUCGUGUCUCUGCUAUCCUCGUACUCAAGCUGCUCGCUGCUCUCUGAGUCUGAAAACGGAGCUGGAAAUGCUGAAACAGUCGAGUCAUCACCACCAACAUCAAUCGUGACUUCGAAUACGACUGCAUUAAGUGACGAUGCUACCAGACGUGACAAAAAUCCUGGAAAUUCUACCCUCAGCUUACAAGUAUAUCAACACCAACCAGGUUUGGCAAGUACUGAGCCCAUUUGCAGUGAUACCAGUAGAGAGAUUCAACUAUCUCCAGUUUUUACUCUCCCAGAAUUGCUCAAAUCAUCAUCCUCGGGUGCAAAAGCAGCUCCAACUACUUUUCAGAAUGUGGCCAUUUGUGAAUCUACAACCGAAAAGCCAUCCAUGAGCGAUACACCUCGUGCUUCCCAAAUUCCAACUCGAAGACAUACCAACAUUACUCCCGAAGACCUUAUUUACUUCAGAAAUCUGGCAGCAACAAUGCCAAGAGCACCAGACAAGUGGACAGAGAUGCUACAAUUAUUUCGCGAGAAGUAUCCAGACAGCGAUAUUAAUGCUAACUCAUUGAGGUGUCGACUGAAAGUAAAAAAGGACCGGUCUCGAAAGCGUGUUCGUGCUGAAGAUGGUAAUCCUACCAGUAGCCUCGUUCCGGUUGCAGUUGCUUUACCGAAGUCAACAAAAGUGACAGCUUGUGAAAGCUGUCGGAAAAAAGGAAGCGAUGUGGUGAUGCAACUCAAAACGACAAGUGUGAGCGCUUACAGAAGACAUGACACGAAGUAG